AUGGCUGCGUACGCAUCUCGCAGAUCCAACGGACCAAUCCUGGGAUCCACCUCCUAUUCCGCCAGAAUCAACCCGCCUUCCCCCAUAGACAUUUACAACCGCUCGCAAAACCGGUCCAUCUCCAUCACCACCCGAGUCGAUAAAAAACCGGCUGCCGGCCCGAAGCGCGCGUGCAUGUGCUCGCCCACGAACCACCCCGGUUCGUUCCGGUGCAGCCUGCACAAAUCAGUCGCGACCAAGCCCCAAACGCCGCCGUCCGGCAGGCUCAACAUGAGGCGCUCCGCCAUGAAGAAUUCUCUGGUCCGGAUUGGCGCCGUCGAAGGGGAAUGGGUUCGGAGAGCGCUCGCCGCUUUGAUUCGGCCGUCGUCCCAUCAGCAGCGCCGCCGCGCCGAGUUCAGGCGCCGCCCGACCCGCCUCUCCGUCGGGUCCUAG